AUGUCACUUCAAUCCCACACGAAAAAAAGAAUUUCUUAUUAUUAUGACUGUGAUGUUGGUAAUUACUAUUAUGGACAGGGGCAUCCUAUGAAACCUCAUCGAAUUAGAAUGACACAUAACCUACUCUUAAAUUAUGGUCUUUAUAGGAAAAUGGAAAUAUAUCGUCCCACACCCGCAAGUUUCCAAGAAAUGACAAAAUAUCAUUCCGAUGAAUACAUGCUAUUUUUAAAAAAUAUAAGACCUGAUAAUAUUAACGAUUAUGCCAAAGAAAUGCAACGCUUUAAUGUUGGGGAGGAUUGUCCUGUUUUUGAUGGUGUCUUUGAGUUUUGCCAGUUAUCCUGUGGAGGAUCUUUAGCUGCGGCGUCUAAGCUUAAUCAUAAACAAGCCGAUAUUUGUAUUAAUUGGAUGGGUGGACUUCACCACGCUAAGAAAAGUGAGGCUAGUGGGUUUUGUUACAGUAAUGAUAUCGUGCUCGCAAUUCUGGAACUUCUCAAGCAUCAUCAGAGAGUUCUUUAUGUGGAUAUCGAUAUCCAUCAUGGUGACGGUGUUGAAGAAGCAUUUUACACUACUGAUCGUGUUAUGACUGUGUCUUUUCAUAAAUACGGAGAAUAUUUUCCUGGUACUGGUGACCUUAAGGAUAUUGGAGCGGGUAAAGGUAAGAAUUAUGCCUUGAACUUCCCUUUGCGUGAUGGCAUAGAUGACGAAGCUUAUGAGAACAUUUUCUGUCCCGUCAUGCAGAAAGUAAUGGAAUCUUUCCAACCUAGUGCUGUUGUUUUACAAUGUGGUGCAGACUCUUUGACCGGCGAUAGGCUGGGAUGCUUUAAUCUUAGUUUGAGAGGGCAUGGACAGUGUGUUUCUUUUCUCAAAAGGUAUAAUAUCCCUAUUAUGCUUGUCGGUGGAGGUGGAUAUACUAUACGUAACGUUUCUCGCUGCUGGACUUAUGAGACUGCCGUUGCGUUAGACACUGAAAUUUCGAAUGAUCUUCCAUACAAUGAUUAUUAUGAGUAUUUUGGACCAGAUUUCCAAUUGCACAUUACUCCAACUAACAUGCCCAAUCAAAAUAGCAGGGAUUAUGUUGAAAAAAUCAUGGUUAAACUCUUUGAAAAUCUUCGAGAGUUGCCCCACGCUCCUUCAGUUCAAAUGCAACCUUUAAGAGGCGAUACUAUUUUUGCUACUGAUAGAAAACUAUUAGAAGAUCAAAUGGAUCCUGAUGUCCGCAACCCUAACGUUAUUUCUGAUCAAACUAUCGAAGACGACGGUGAGUUCUUCGAUGGCGGAGGCGACGGAGAAAGGGAUAGUCAGUGUCACAAAAGGCCAGCUUCGAGCCCACCACCUCAGCAAGAUCCCAUGAAAAAAACUAAGACUGCAGAUGAUUGUGAAGUUGCUAUGGAGGACUAA